GUGCCCACCACGCUUUUUGCCAUCCUCACACGCCUCCUCUUUGUCCUUCGCAGCACAUUGAGCAAGAUAUCGACAGGUUUCGCGUGGUCGCAUUGUUGUUGUUCGUGCUUUCGUUGUUUCCGGCCAAGCAGUCCGACACUCCCGACGGAGAAGCGAUCGCAGAAUAAUCAGAUCGAUUGAUAACUCCAGGAUCCAUUACGCUUCCACCACCGCAAGCUGCCCCCGACUCUUGAAUUACAUGUCGUCUCCCUCAGCCACGACACCAGCUAUCGUGGAUACGAUAGUGGACAGGACGCGCAUGGCGCAGAACAAGCUGGCAAUUGAAGAGGAGGAAGAAUAUGACUAUGAGUCUCUACCGCCCAACUUCUCGCUGGCUGCCAACAUGGCGGCCGGUGCCUUCGCCGGCAUUGCUGAACACUCGGUGAUGUACCCAAUUGACCUGCUUAAGACGCGGAUGCAAGUCGUCAACCCGACACCGGCGGCGGUAUACACAGGCAUCGGUAAUGCCAUUGCGACGAUAUCUCGCGCCGAGGGCGGUAUGGCGCUGUGGAGAGGAGUCUCUUCCGUGGUCGUAGGAGCAGGACCUGCGCACGCAGUCUACUUCGCCACGUACGAAGUCGUGAAGCAGGCAAUGGGAGGAAAUGCCUCCGGGCACCACCCCAUCGCCGCAGCUUCAAGUGGUGCUUGCGCGACAAUAGCUAGCGAUGCCUUCAUGAAUCCCUUCGAUGUCAUCAAACAGCGCAUGCAACUGCAUGGCUCGACCUACCGCUCACUCGUCGACUGCGCGCGCCAAGUCUGGCGAACCGAGGGAAUACGAGCUUUCUACGUUUCAUACCCAACGACCCUCGCGAUGACCGUCCCCUUCACUGCACUCCAGUUCACCGCCUACGAGUCUCUCACGAAGGUAUUCCAAAAGAGACGGGCAGCUGGUUACGACCCACUCACGCACUGUGCUGCAGGAGGUAUUGCAGGUGGUUUCGCCGCAGCAGCUACAACACCACUUGAUGUGAUCAAGACAUUGUUGCAAACGCGAGGAAACGCAACAGAUGCAGAAAUUCGGAACUGCCGAGGUCUGUGGCCCGCCGCAAGCAUCAUUUGGAGAAGAGAAGGCGCCAAUGGAUUCUUUAGGGGAAUGAAGGCACGUGUUGUCACAGCCGCGCCUUCGACUGCGAUCUGCUGGUCGGCGUAUGAGCUGGCGAAGGCAUACUUCAUUCGCGUCGAAGGCGAGGCUUGAAAAGUGGAGCAGAAAAUCUAAGACGACUACUCGCAAUCCUUCCGCGCACUCUGAUGCGCACAAAGACGUUACGAUCGGACUGGAAGACGCAGUAGAGCGUGCGAUGUUCAGCUGGCCAGAGCAUUUCGCGGAGACACUCAAUAUAGCAACGGAGUGCUAGGUCAAGCGAAAGGCAGCGGGGUCUUCGGCGGCCCAGGCCUGAUCACACCUAUCACGAGAAGGAACCGACGAAUCUCGGAAAGCAUAGCGAUGGCGCACAGGGAGCGGCUUGGAAAGUGAACGACUUGAGUCUGCUCAGCUGAGUCCGGAUGGAUCGUGGCUUCUUCUCGAUCGAGCACAGGAAGAUACCCAGUGCGUGUAAUGUAUGAGUGUGCAAUUGCGCGAUUCAGCCACAAAGCAGCGCAACAGCUGGCAGAGAGACUACAUGUGUAAUAAGAUGAUCUUUGCCUUACUGAUAUUUGUUGAUUCGCCAGCA